ACUUCCGGAGGUGCGGGGUCACGUGGCGCCGCUCAGGAGAGCGUGCCGCGACGCAAGUCCUCCGCGCCGGAACUACGAGUCCCGACGUGCCGCGCGCGGCAUGCGGAGGCUUCGCUGAGAGGGCACGGGCGGUCGCGAGCACGUUGCUAGUGGGCGCGGCUGGCGGGCCGGAGGCGGUAGGGGGCUGGCGUCCGGCUGAGUCCCGCGGGUUCUGGCACCCGGACCCGCUCUCGGUCGGGGUGCUCUGCUGAGUGACACUGCCGUGGCGUUCGAGGAGCUGUGGUCCAGCCCGCGCGGCGGGAAGCGGCGGCCCCAGCGUCCUAAGAGAAGAAAGCAUUUGACUGAUGGGCAUAAGGAAGAAAAAGAGACUGAGGCAAGUUUCAGAGAAGUAGUGAAAGUUUUUUCAAAAAGUCUUUAGAGCAGGAAAGAAAGUAUGCUUGGGAAAGACCCAAGCGGGCAUGUGAAGGAAGCUGAAACCUAUCAACACUCUUCAAAAUGCAGUGGAAUGUACCACGGACUGUAUCUCGGCUGGCACGCAGGACAUGCUUGGAGCCACAUAACGCUGGCCUUUUUGGACGCUGUCAAAAUGUAAAGGGACCUUUACUUCUGUACAAUGCUGAAUCCAAAGUGGUUUUGCUACAAGGCCCUCAAAAACAAUGGUUGAAUUUAUCUGCUGCCCAGUGUGUUGCAAAGGAAAGGAGGCCAUUGGAUGCUCGUUCCCCCCAACCAGGAGUCCUUCGCCACAAGCAAGGAAAGCAACAUGUUCCGUUCAAGAGGGUUUUUUCAUCCAGUGCCACAGCUCAGGGAACUCCAGAAAGAAAGGAGGAGCCUGAUCCUUUGCAAGACAAAUCUAUUAGCCUUUAUCAGCGAUUCAAGAAGACGUUUAGACAGUAUGGAAAAGUUCUGAUUCCAGUGCAUCUAGUAACUUCUGGUGUUUGGUUUGGAACAUUUUAUUAUGCGGCCUUGAAAGGAGUGAAUGUCGUUCCUUUUCUAGAGCUCAUUGGGUUACCUGACAGUGUGGUAAGCAUCCUGAAAAACUCCCAGAGUGGAAAUGCACUCACAGCGUAUGCCUUGUUUAAGAUUGCAACACCUGCUCGGUAUACCGUGACUUUGGGAGGAACAUCCUUCACUGUGAAAUAUCUGCGCAGUCGUGGCUACAUGUCCACGCCACCACCCGUCAAGGAGUAUCUACAGGACAGGAUGGAGGAGACAAAGGAGCUUAUCACAGAGAAGAUGGAAGAAACAAAAGACAGACUCACUGAAAAGUUACAAGAAACCAAAGAAAAAGUUUCCUUUAAGAAAAAAGUGGAAUAAGGUGCCUUACAGCAGUAUAGAAGUAUAGCAGUAUGGAAAAUUCCUGCACUUUAACCCUUUGGAAACUGUGGGCAAAGAUACGUGUGUCUGAUUAUUUUUUUGGUUAGUUGUCUAAAUAUACAAGUUCUCUGAGGGUUAAAGAAGUAAAAUACCUUUUUAAAGUUAAAUAUCACUAGAAAAAUCAGUGUUAUUACAAGGAAAGAAAUGAACCCAGUGUAAGAAUUUCCCAUCAGUAGCAGUAUUAAGCAGUGGUGAACGUCGUAGAAGUCAUACUUCUUUUUCCAGGUCUUCAGAACCACACUUCAUUUCUGUUUUGUUGCAGCUGUAAUUGAUGCACACUGGAGGCAGUUGACUCCUGGAAUAACCAGUGCGACCCGUAAAAUAAGCUAAUACUGGAUCUUAAUUUUUAUGUUAUUCAUUAAGGUUUUAACUAUAUUCAGUACGUAAUUUGGAGACAAACUAGCAUCAUCCAAACUGCCUGUGAAUAAGAAGGUAUUUAGUCUUUCUAUAAAAACAGAAUAGAGCAGUUACCUACCAGUUAAAAUAUAUGAAGAAAAUAGAAUAAAGUUUCAGUCAUAUAUAUGUAAAUACGAUGUAUUGAUUGUACGUAAAUGAAAAAUGGACCCUUUAAAAAUUAUUUUUACCUGAAGCUUGUCAUAAUUUUUUUAAGCAAAUAUAUAUAUGGUGAUGGUAUUUUUCGAAGUGUGUGUUGGUGGUGAUCGCCUCAAACAUAAACCUCUCAUGAAUUAUUUGUGUCCUUUUCACCUGAUCUUUCAGAGGAAAGGUGAACAAUCAUUAAACCUUAAAUUUAUUGUUAAAAUC